AUGAAUAACUAGUAGAGAGCUAAAAUCUAUGUGCUUCAAGGUUAAUGGGAGGAGUUUUGUAUAGGGUAUGUGUAAAUUGUGCAUACAGAUGGUGCCACUUUCAUAAGGUGCAUCUUAGAAACAUAAAAAAAGUAAUGUUGCAAUCUAGUGUAAUUUGGUCAUUUGAAUACAAAUAAAGAAGAAUGGUGCCUAAAUCUAAAGGUGAAUCCUGAGACUAUAUAUGAGUUCUAGGGAGACAAUAUUAUUUAAUGGUAGGAAAGUGAAAUCAAUUUAGAUAUAGCAAUUAGUUUUAUUGAUUCAAGGUAUGCAUUAGAAAUUUGGAAUUAAUUAUAAAAAAGGCAUUUUCGUUAUGAUGAUAUUGAAUCUACAUAUCCAAUUCUACCUUCCCAAUAAAAUUUAGAAGCAAUUUUAUCAUAGAUAAGUGACAGCCCAGAAUUAAUUAUUUAGAAAAUAACUAAUGAUCCUAGAAAUUAAUUCAUGGAAGCAAUUAAAAGAAUUUUUGAAGAUGCUGAAAUACAAUCAAAUUAUCAUGUUCUUGAAUAAUUACAUUAUGUGAUUAGAAGUCUAAGUAUUUUUGGUAGAGUAUUGUAGUUUAUAUAAAAAAUGAAAGUGUGAUGAAAAGUUUAUUAAGUGAAAAAUAUUAUAUGACAUUGUUUGGCAUAAUGGAAUGUAAUAAUUAUUCUUUAUUUUUUUAUAGAUCAUUCUGAGAAUAAAGGACCUUAAAGAGUUUCAUAUAGAAAUUUUUUAAAAAAUCAAUUAAGAUUUCAUAAAAUAACUGAGUUUGAAGAGGAAACUAUAGAGAAAAUACACUUUAAUUAUAGAUUAUCAUAUUUGAAAGAAAGUGUUAUGGCUUAUUAUCUAUAUAUUGAAGACCCACUAUAUAAUGAGUUCAAUUUUUAUAUACAUGAAAAUAAUUAAAAAAUAUUGGAAAGUUUACUAAUACAUCAUAAAGAUUAAUUUGAAAAAUUUUUAGAGAAAAUUAUGGAUGACUUUGAAGUAAAAUGUAAAUUUAUUAAUGAAUUUUUUUUAUAAUUCAAACCAUUUUUAUCAAUUAAAUAAUUGAAUGAUGCAUUUUUGGAUUGCAUUACUUAAGCUAAUCUACUAAAAGUAUUAUAUUAACAUUGUUUACUAAAAGUUUAACAAUAAUUAUCAUCAUAAGUUUGUUUUACAACAUUACAAAUAACAAUAAUGAUAGCAAAUUAAAAUUAAUAAUAUUUAUAAGAUUUCUUAAUUAAUAAUCAUGAUAUAUUUUGGUAAUGUAUGGAAGGUCUAUUAUUCUGUUAAGUGAAUAGUUUAAAUAAUAUAAUAAUUGAUAUUGUUGAAAUUAUUUGUUCAAAUCCUACAGUAUAAAAAUAAUGCAUAGAAUGGUUAAGAAGAUGUUUAUUAUAGCCUUUAAAUUUCUCUGCUGCACUUGUAUUAUAAGAAUUAGUAUAGUGGAUAUGCUAGUAAUAAAAGUCAAUAACAUAAGAUCUUGUUGUACUUUCAAAUUAUAUUCUUAAUAUUUUAAUCUAAUAAUCAAAGUAAUAGAUUAAAGACAAAUUUUUAUUAAUGUCAGGCUUAAAACAUUUUAAGUAUAUUAGUACUACAACUAUAUCUGAAAUUUUGAAGCCAUAUUGUAAUUCCUUAGUGUUAUUGACUGUGAGUAAAAGAAUGGAUGGAAUUUUAGAAGGAUAAAUAAGAGACAUAUUGAAGUUUAUUAAACUUAAAAAUAAUCUAAGUUAACAUUUAGUAAGAAAUCAAAUUAAUUUUUUUAGAUCUUGAUUGUAAAAACUUUAAAUUUUUAAAAUCAUCAUCUUUUUGUGCGACUAUUAGAUCAAAAUGAUUAAAUUGUUGAUGGAAAGUUAAUAAUAGAUUAUUCAAGAGAUUAUGAAGAUUCAGAAGAACAUUAAGAAAAAUAAGUAGUUUUGGAGAAGGAUGAUAUUAAAUUAGAUUUUAGUAAGAUAAUCAGGAGAAGGAACGAAGAGGAGGAGGAAGAUGAUGAGACACAUAUGAGGGAUUAAAAACCAAAAGGGAUCAUUUUUGGGGAGAGUUGUUUUAAAAGAAUAAAACCUGAUGAUGAUUGA